AUGGCAACAGUUUCUGCUCCCACCCCUAAGCUGGAUCGCUACAUCGUCAUCCACGUCGCAACCACCUGCGACGAACAUGGCGUCUACGUCACCAAGGAUUCCGCAGAGGUGAUUGAGUUGGGGUGGAUCUUGUUGGAUACCAAAACCUGCGAGGAGUUGCACCGUGAGAGCGUGCUCGUCAAGCCUGUCAAUACACCCAUUACGCCUCUCUGCACGAGUCUGACAACUCUGACAUGGGAGCAUGUCCGCUCGGCAGGUUCUUUCCGCGAUGCCAUAACCCGCUUUGACGCCUUCGCAGAAGAACACCUCAAGAACCUGGAGUUUGCCUUUGUGACAUUGGAUUCGUGGGACCUUCGUGUGCAGCUGCCCCGGGAGGCCCGAGACAAGGCGGUGGUGCUGCCUGCAUACCUCCAACACUCUCGGACAUUUGAUCUUCGAACCGAAUAUCAGAGAUGGCAGACUCACCAUCCAGAGUCUCUGCCUUUUGGCCCCAGCUCUCUCUCCAACAUCUGUGCUGCCCUCGAAGUUGAGCCCGUUCAGACCUCCGCCCCUAUCAAACACAACCUUCCAUUCCACCUGCAAGCGCUGGCGCCCGCUUCGCCUCGACGGGCUAUGGAGGAAGCUAUCACUCUGGCUCGCGUGCUCCGGGGGCUGAUCCGCAAGUCUCAGCCACCGCACGAACACCCCGAGAUCAUGACCCGACCCAUGGACGCCAGAGCGGAUGUUCGUGCCUUCUUGACGGAACGGAGCAAGGUCCUGCACUUGAGCGGCCUUCCUCACGAUACCACACAGUCAGAAUUGGAGAGCUGGUUCACCCAAUUUGGUGGCCGUCCGAUUGCCUUUUGGACUCUUCGCACGCCGGACCAGCACAAGCCAACAGGCACUGGCUUUGCUGUUUUCUCGUCCCACGAGGAGGCUGCCGAGAGUCUCUGUAUGAAUGGUCGCGCUCUGAACGAGAAGGCUAUCGAGGUUUCUCCCUCUUCUAGCCGUGUUCUUGACCGUGCGGCGGAAAUCCUGACUCCAUUCCCACCGUCUAAAAACCGCCCCCGGCCCGGUGACUGGACUUGUCCUUCGUGUGGAUUUUCUAACUUUCAGCGCCGCACGGCCUGCUUCCGUUGCUCCUUCCCGGCCAUGGCGGCUGCCCCCGACCCGAUGGGAUACGGCGCCUACGGCUAUGGCCCCCCAUCGAUGAUGCCCCCGCACAUGGGCCAUGGCCAUGGUAUGGGCCACUCCCGCGGCAUGGGCGGCAGUGGUGGUGUGGUUCCAUUCCGCGCCGGUGACUGGAAGUGUGGCUCUGAGGGAUGUGGCUACCAUAACUUCGCCAAGAAUAUCAACUGCUUGCGCUGCGGUGCUCCUCGGUCUGGGGCGGCUGUCGUUGCCGACUCUGCUUUCCCAUCUUCCAUGGAUCCUCCAUCUAGCUUCGGCAUGGGCCCUAACUCGAUGACCAGCACACCCGCACCAGGGCCCUUCACUUCUUCUGCAGGUGGUUUUGGUGGCUUCAGCCAGCAGUUCGGUGCUCCCCCUAGCAACUAUGCCUUGCCCUCCGGUCUUGGAAACGCACCAGGCGCGUAUCCCCCCAUGAGUCAGAUGAAUGCUGCCUAUGGCUCUAGCAAUGCCUCUCACUCGGUGGCUUCGUUUGCCAACCCAGCCACGCAGGCCGCUUUCUCCGGAGCCGACCACGCUACUUCGAAUAGCGCCUUCUACGGGAAUGACGGUGCAAAUGACCCGUUUGCCUUCCUUUCCACUGGGCUGGGAGGAUUGACCGUUGGGGACGACGGCCACUCUCGCCGCAACGGAACGGGUGCUAACAAGUCCCCCGCUUAA